AUGCCUCCCACUCCACCCAAAGAACCCUCAUGGCUAUUGAAACACCAGUAUCAGAAACUGCAUCGGCCGCCUGAGAACAGCAACCUCACCGCACAGGAAAAGUUCGAGAUCGUCCAUGCAGGUCUCGGUAGUCAUACUCGCACUGUCGAGGCAUUCAACAGAGCUUCCCCUCGCAAGAACCGGUCUGACCCGGAGUAUUUCUACCACUGUCAGAUCUGCCAAUCGUCGGUGGAGGACAGUGACCUCUGUGCUCAGUGCUCGGGGGAGUUCCGCUGGGUUCAUCUUGGAUGGCUCAUCUCACCGGACGAGUGGACCUCUCUCCAAAAACACCGGAGCCGCAAGCGGAAUGUCGAGAGGAAGACCCUGGUGGCGGUGAAGAAACGGGACAACAAGCGGAAGAAGGCUCAAAGACAAGCGAAACAGGCUGCUAUCGUGGACAAGAAGAAGCGGCAGGACUUGUCGGCGAAGAAUUCGGCAACAACUGAUUGCUAG